CCAAUAACAAAGACCUGCACAGUUGCAACUCUUCAGACAUCCAUGUAAACCAUAAUUUUGCUGCACAAGAGAAGCACUUGAUCUUAUCACUGAAUCUAUUGAACUUCUGUAGAGUUUGUUACAAUGUCAAGAACUACCCCAACGGAAGGAAAAAACUAUGAUUCUCGCAACCACUCUCCGUUAGUAGUUCUGUUCAGUGACAGUGAGUUUGCAACGCAUUACGGAUCAGACACAUGUUGUGGCCAUCAUCUCCUGGACUCCUUGCAUUGCCGGGCAAGAGUGCCCAAAAAGCAUGUCCCUGCUUCAGCAGCACUACUGCAGAAUUCUUCUUCGGGUUUGUGAGUUCUCUUCGACUUCUUUUAGGAGGCAAGUCAUGCUCCUUGCUUGUUGCUGUGGGGAAACUGGUUGCUUGGGAGCUGGUGGCCACUGGCCAGCGUGCUAUUGAAGUGGAAGCAAAGAAACCAGCCUCACUUGGCUCCAUAUAUUCCUCCAGAGCGCUUGUGCUGCCUGCAGUCCUUCCUGAUCAAGUGACCCUUGAGGAGAAGCCACAAUCCUUGUUGCAGGCUGCUCCGGCAUGGCUGCGGCCUCGGACCGUGCUGAGGUCGACACUGCCUGGCCGUUCCGGUCCGUCAAGGAGGCGGUCGCCGUGUUCGGUGACCGCAUCCUCGUCGCCGAAGGCCACUCCAGGCAAAGUAGCAGUGUUGCCGCCAUUGCCACCCCCAAUGCCAAUGCCAAUGGCAUGCCCACCUCAAGUGCCAAGCAUGAGGCUAGCAGUAGCAGUAGUACCAUGACCUUUUCCCCAAACCCGAUGGCAGAGGCUGAGGAAGAGAUCAUGCCUGCCAUUGUGCCGAUGUACUCCGCGCCGUCCUCGCCGCCGUCGCUGCCGUCGUCACCGUCGCCGAUCAAGCCGUGCAGCGGGCGCGGCGACGACGACCGGGACCGCGAGGCGGGUGGGCUCGUGGUGAUGCGCUCCAUCCAGAAGCUGGAGGCGGAGGUGGCCGAUACGAGGCAGGAGGUGGCGCAGCUCAGGAAGCGCGGGAACGAGAUGGAGAUGGCCGUGGCCAGCCUCAACGCGCAGCUCCACCGGGGCCUCUCCAAGCUCGCCGAGAUGGAGGCCAACCGGGCGGCGGCGGCGCGGCGCAGCAUCGGCGGCGACACCGACGUGGUGUCGACGCUCCGGAGCGAGCGGUGGGGUGGCGGUGACAAGCUCGGCGCGAGCGAGUACCUGCCGUCGUUCUCGCACGCGCUGAGCCUCGGCGAGAUCGACGACGCCGAGCUGAUGGGCAGCCGGAGGAAGGCGCAGAAGGUGAAGCCCAUCGUGCCGCUCAUCGGCGACAUCCUCUUCUCCAAGAGGAAGAGCACCAAGGAGAAGGGAGAUGACGGCUUCUUCAGCGGUGAUCUUUACAGCGUUCUAGGCUAGGCUGAUGAUCAGUGCCCGCCCUGUGUCUGCUUAUCUUGUGGUUGUGGGGCUGCUUGUGUGCGAUUUGUUUCUUCUGGUUGGGCUUUUUUUCCCUAUCUUUUCCUGAAGCUCUUUCUUUGUGUUGCUUGUGUAGGGUGGUUGUGCAAAUGUACAGACAAACAUGUUAAUGUAUCUUCGGAUCAUGAAUGAAAAAAGUGUGUGAUUGCCUAGACUUUACUGAA